CCGCCUGCCCGUGGGGCCGCCGCGCCACUCUGCGUCUCUUAAGUUUCGCUUUGCCGGGAAGACCUGCUUCGUAAAAGAACUCGGAACCAGAAGCCGAGAGCCCAGCGUCUCCAGCGGCUUAAAGGCUCAGCCUCCGGCCCACCGUGGCGACGCGGCAGAAUGACAAGAAAUGCUGAGAAAUAAAUAAAGCUUUCCCCUUCUGACCUGAGUAUUUAUAAUGGGUGUCGGGAAAUCUAAAACAGAUCCAUGCCCUCUUACUCUCUCUUGGGGUAAAAGCUCCAGUGUGGAGACAAGUCAAAGACCUGAGUCAGAUGCCAAGAAACCGGAAGAGCUCUCCCUGUGUGGUGUCGCUGAGCAUAGCAACCCGGCAGAGCCACCAGCCGGAGCACCGGGGAGAGCCGGGGCCGAGGCAGUCGAGGAGAUACCUGAGGAGGAAGCGGAAGAGGAUGUGUUCCUCAAGUUUGUGAUACUGCACGCAGAAGAUGACAUCAACGAAGCCCUCCGAGUCCAGGAUCUGCUACAAAACGACUUUGGCAUCAAACCUGGAAUGAUCUUUGCAGAGAUGCCAUGUGGCAGACAGCAUCUACAGAACUUAGACGAUGCCGUCAAUGGGUCUGCCUGGACCAUCUUAUUAUUGACUGAAAACUUUUUAAGAGAUACCUGGUGUAAGUUCCAGUUCUAUACAUCCCUAAUGAACUCCGUCAACAGGCAGCACAAAUACAACUCGGUCAUACCCAUGCGGCCCCUGAACAAGCCUCUGCCCCGGGAGAGGACUCCCUUUGCUCUGCGGACCAUCAAUGCCCUAGAGGAAGAAAGUCGCGGCUUUCCUACACAAGUAGAACGAAUAUUCCAAGAGUCUGUUUAUAAGAUUCAACAGGCUAUAUGGAAAGAGACAAGAAAUAUGGUGCAAAGGCAAUUUGCUGCCUGAGAUGGAAAAUGCAACACAUGGCUGGCUCUCUAUUUGUAAAACAAAUGUUGAUCUUUACUGGAGAAAGCAUAUUUCUAGGGAAAGUUUCAAUAAAAGAGAACCACACUCUUAUAGAAACCUAUGGAGCACAAGAAAGAUAAAUUUCUGCAGGGCAGUCUACAGAAUUAGGUUACUUUUUGAUGUUUUGAUAAACUGGAGAUUGUCAGUUUCAAGAACUUUCAUGGUUUUCCUAACUAAUGAGUAUGACAAAGGAUAUUCUUAAUUCCCGUUCCUUGUAUUGAACCUUGACCAAACACUUAGAAGACAGACCUCUUAGAAAUGUUGUGACACUGAUGUUCUCAGAGACCAUGCAGAAGAAAAUGACCUCCCGAGAGAUGCGCCAUCCAACCUCAUGAAUGUUGCGAUAAAGCCUUCCCGAUAUAUUGUCACCCAGAAACGGAUAGUCAGAUGGAACAUUCAGAAUAUUGAGUGCUGAUAAAUAUGAAACCAAAAAUAGAUGUGGGAAUGGUAGGGCUUUGUAAAAGAAUCCGAUCGAAUGUGUCUUCCUUUCUGCUGGAAUUUGCAUAUUUGGGGGCAAUUCCCACAGUGCUUAGCAACCUGUUGGUCAGGGUGGUGUUCUGGUUAGGGGCUCCACAGGUGGUGCUGAGAUGUCCCCUCGAGCGCGGGGCUCUCUGUGUUAGUCAUCACCUGAAACCGGGUUUAUGUGCAGAGCUUCUGAAGUUAUGUCCUGGGCCAGAUGUUCUUUAAAUUCAGUAACCUCUCCUAUGGCAGCCUGUAUCGUUGCCUCUCACACACAUGCUCUAUCCAGGAAAUAUUUCUUAACUAGGUGAUCUGAGUAGCAUGACUGUGUGUAUGUGUGUGUGUGUGUGUGUGUGUGUGUGUGUAUAGAUUAUUUUUAGACCUGGGAUAAAAGUCAGAGAUAUGUUUUAUCAUGUCUUCUUCUAAUAUCCUAAGUCAUAUAGCAAGCCAGAGAAGCCCCUCACUGCCCUUCUGCCCCUGUUGAGGUUGAGGGAGAGCCGUUCAGACAGGGGACAGAGUGGAUCAUGGAUCAUGUCAUGUAAUGAGAAAAGCACCUGAUGCGGGAUCAGGAGAGCUGGUUCUGGUCCAAUCUGCCAUUGAGGAUGAAUGCGACCAUGGGCAAGCUGCUUACCCUUCUUUAUCCAUGAAACAAAAGGAUUUAGAUGGAACUCUAAAGGCCUUUGUCUUCAACCAGAGUGUGAACAACUAGCAACCAGAAAAGGGAAUAAGCCAAAAAAUAGAAUUUUGUAAUGUGAUGUGUAAUAUCAUAGUUGCAGGAGGCUUUAUGUAUGUUCACAAUGAAAGGAUACUCUUACACGUUUGGUGUAAUUGAUUUCUAAUGCUGUCCAUUAGUCACAGAAAGGACUAUAAUGUUCCUUGAAAAUACACUUCUUAUAGGAACCUGGAGCAAAGACAGUCUGCCUGAUUACACUUUCUCCACAGCCCUACUGCCCAGGUCUGCUCAUGUCUUUCUGCAAUCUACCUCUUCAUAGUCAUGAGCCAAAGUGUUCCAUCAGGGACUUCUGUAAUCCUGCAAGUAAAUCUGAUCUACUGGUACUUACUGAAGAGGAGGUUGUUUUCACCAUAUGGUGACUUUUUUUCAAGUCCCUUUCUAUCACAGAAGCUUACUACUCAUGUUACUUGUCCAGUUUUAGUAAUUACUCAUUUUUUUCCAUACUGUUUCCUGUAUCUCAAAUUUCAUGUGCUCAUAAAAUUUUAACCACCCACCCUUCAUGCCUUACAAAGUUGGAGCAAUCCAUACUGAAUGGUGUUUCUUAAAUAAAUGUUUUUUUUCUUAA